UCCCUUAUCCACAUUACCGACCUCCCCAUCAUCUCCCAUAAUAAAAACCUAAACGCUGGAUAUUUUGCUCCACAAUGAUCAGCUCACUGUAACCCAAUAGUGGCACGAGAGAACAGAGUGAAAGCAUCUUCCUCAACUGCAGUGUGUAUAAUCCCAUACCAGCAUGUCUGGUCUGACUGAUAGGUGGACCAACGAGGUAUCGAAGCUGAAGGAGAAGGAUGAGGCCAUAUCUGCUCCUCAUGGCUCCGCCCACGUGGAGGCUGAUCAACAACAACAGAAGCAGAAGAUGGGAUCUAUUGGUUUGGCUGUGGCUGUUGGCGAAUUCAGCCACCUUAACAAGCCUAGGUUGCUCUUUUCUGAGGAUGCUGUUUCCCUGCUCGUUUCUUGUUUUAGCCCUUGAAUUUGCCCAAAACAACAAUCUCUUUCAUGUCACGUCUGCUUGACUGCAGAUUUCUGUAUCAUAUGUUCACAUCUCUCUCUCUCUCUCUCUGAAUUUGAUUUCAAAGGUUGGAACAUGAAAAUGAGUGUAGGUGCAGAUAUUGUUCUGCAUUUUUGUAUGAUAAAAUAUAAAUAUCUAUAUGGUUAAAGUUGUAGUGUGGACUGUGGAUAGAUUUCUCAA